UGGUAGUAGAAGCAUAACUUUCUAAGGUUGCGUUUCAUGCGUGUGAAGAUCGUGGUUUUGAAGUAGAAAGAACCAGUCGGAGCUAUAUACAAUGGAUCAGUGCACCAGGAAUGCCUUCGCUGAAGAAAGAUCGACUGUGAACAAGGCUCAGAAAAGGAAAAGAACUGGCAAAAAACAAGCAAACAUGAGAAGAUUAAAAGCAAAGAUGGCAGAGAUUGGUGAACAACAAAAACGUAUUAAAAGGGGGCAAAUGGAAAUCAGAGAGAAGUUUGAAGAGAUUGAAUUUGAAUGCGAUCAACUGAGAAAAGAAACGUUGCUUAUAUCACAACAGGCUGCGUGCAAUCAACAACGCCUGAAUCUAAUGCUCAAGAUCGUGAAAGCACGAGAAGACAAUAAUUUGUCUGAAGCUGACAGGCUUAUUCAAUGUCUUCGAGAAGGCAUGAUGAAGCAAACAUGGAAAAAAUUAUGAAUAUGUUCAGAUGCAAGGAAUGAAUCAAUGAGAAGAACAAAUAAUAAAGGUCCCGGCCGUCCAUUUCAGUACUGGAGUAUUAAAAAUGGCUUGUGUUCUAGCUAUACAUCAAUGGCAACAGCAGACUUUUGUUAAAAAAAAAAAUUAAAUAAAUAAAUUUUCGACUUCCAUGGUUGAGUGUCAUUGAGUAGUACCCUACUGUCGAGGUGAGGCAGCUAGCAUUAUAGAAUCGCCCCUUUUAAGUCUCUGUAACCAGUUUAAGCGUGUUAGGUUUGAAAAAAAUAAUUUAAUAAAAAUUAUUUUUGAUUGA